AGCGCGCGCGGGAUCUCCCCAUGUGACCGCGCGGGAGGGGGCGGUGUGUGCGCGGGGCGGGGGCCGGCGGCGGGGACGGGGCACCGGGGGGGUGGGGGGGCGGGGGCGGCGCUAGGCCGCUCCCUCCCGCUCCCCCGCCCGCCCGCUCGGCCUCCGCGCACGGCAGGCGCGGCCGCGACGAGGCGAGCUGCGCGGGGUGGCCCGCCUGGCCUCCCCCACCCCCCCGCUCCUCGCCCCCCGCCUCGGCGGCAGCAGCGAGGCGGUGGCGGGGACCGGCUCGCCCACCCGCCCCGUCGAUGGGAAAGGAGGAGCCUGGGCCGGCGGCGCGCAGGCGGGGGGGGCGCUGGCAGGAACUUCGGCGGGGCUGAGUCUGCGGAGCCGGGACGGCAUCGAGGGAAGCCCCGGGCGGCCGGUGGCGACGGCAGCCUACUGCAGAGUUCUGUCAUCCGUGAUGGCGUCAGCUCUACCCAGAACCCUUGGGGAAUUGCAGCUGUAUCGAAUACUACAAAAAGCAAAUCUCUUAUUCUACUUCGAUGCCUUUAUUCAGCAGGGUGGUGAUGAUGUCCAGCAGCUCUGUGAAGCAGGUGAAGAGGAGUUUUUGGAGAUAAUGGCUCUCGUAGGCAUGGCUAGCAAGCCCCUUCAUGUUCGAAGGCUGCAGAAGGCUUUGAGGGACUGGGUCACAAACCCUGGUCUUUUUAACCAGCCUCUCACCUCCUUACCGGUCAGCAGCAUUCCAAUAUAUAAGCUGCCGGAAGGGUCUCCUGCGUGGCUGGGGAUAUCCUGCAGCAGUUACGAAAGGAACAGUAGCACCAGAGAGCCUCACCUGAAGAUUCCAAAAUGCGCUGCCACGACGUGCGUGCAAAGCGUGGGCGCAAGCAAAUCCGAUGUGGUGGGGAACUUAUCGCUGCAGAGCGGCAGCGAACCGAGACUCUGGCAAGGACACCACACCACAGAGAGCGAACACAGCCUUUCCCCGGCUGACCUCGGCUCUCCGGCUUCACCAAAGGAAAACAGUGAGACCCUGGAUGCCGCUGCUGCUCUGUCAGUUGCUGAAUGUGUAGAACGUAUGGUUCCCUCCCUGCCCAAAAGUGACUCCAAUGAAGUCAAGGAGUUACUGAAAACAAAUAAGAAACUGGCAAAGAUGAUUGGUCACAUCUUUGAGAUGAGUGAUGAGGACCCUCACAAAGAGGAGGAGAUCAGGAAGUACAGUGCAAUAUAUGGCAGAUUUGACUCGAAAAGAAAGGAUGGCAAGCAUCUCACCCUCCACGAGCUAACAGUUAAUGAAGCAGCCGCUCAGCUGUGUGUAAAAGAUAACGCGUUGUUGACCAGGAGAGAUGAACUCUUCGCUCUAGCUCGGCAAAUCUCUCGAGAAGUUACAUACAAGUAUACUUACAGGACCACCAAAUCUAAAUGUGGAGAAAGGGAUGAGCUGUCACCAAAGAGAAUCAAGAUAGAGGAUGGUUAUCCUGAUUUCCAGGACACAGUCCAGACACUCUAUCAGCAAGACAAAAUGCCACUCGCUUUGGCUAAAGGAAAGAGUGAAGACCCAACAGCUCUUAAUUCCCAGUCAGAAAAGGUGAUGGCAAAACAGAUGGAGUUUCUUUGCAACCAGGCUGCAUUAGAGAGACGUCUUUCCACAGGGUGUUACAGACAAAACUCAGAAGAGCACAGCCCCAAUGGCAUGUCAUUAGAUAAUGCUGACGGACAAGGUGAAAGACCGCUGAAUCUCCGAAUGUCAAAUCUGCCAAGUAGACAGUUGCAGCACAUUUCACUUGAUGGAGAGCAGCAUGUUGGAAAACCUCUGUGCAGUGAUUUGAUCCGGCUUUACCCCAGUGGUGAGGCAAAGUCCCAGUCCUCGGAAGGCCUCGGUAUUUUAAAGGAUUUUCCUCAUUCGGCUUUUAACAAUGUAGAAAGGAAGGUCAUAAAAACAGAACCUGAAGACACAAGAUAGUCAUUCUGCUCUGGAAAACGGUGUCAUAGUAAAGAAUGAAACUUCACAAGAGAAAAAAAACCAGCCUUAAUAACCAGUGUUGCCUCAUUCAAAUAAGAGAUUUCAAUAGCCAAAGCCUAAGAACUGGUACAGUAAUCUGUGGAAACAUGAAAGCAAGAGACACUGCAAACUAAAACAGUAAUACAGGUGGAUAAACAUUCCUGUAAAAGUGGUUUUAUAACGUGGGAGGAUUCACAAAUUAAUAUUGUGGGUCUUCAUUAUUUAAGAAUGUAUUAUGUAUUUGUAUAACUUAUCAAAGUAAAUCUAGAUGUCGGGACGUGUAUUGAGUCCAGUAGAUGUGGCUACAGUUCAUUUUACUUGAAAUUUCAGUGUCUACUUUAAGUGUACCUAGCGUACAUAUGGUUGUUAAACGUUUGAAUUGAAAAUCCUUGGAGAAUUAGAAAUGCGAACCUCGUGACACAAUUAACAGCAAGUUUGCAACAAUAUUUGUAGAAAAAAAGAAAAAUGCAUAAAAUAUUUCAUGGUUUAAAAUGUUAUGUGGAUAUAGCAUUUGAUAGACCUAGACCCUGAUUCUGUAUUAUAGCGGACGUACUUGACACUUAACUGUUGUUACAUCACUUGCAAUGGUUUCAGCAGCCUUUGUGUAACACACUCACAGCGUAAUACCUACCUACAGUUCAGGAGUGUAGAAAAUGCCAGGUGGAGUACGGAAGAGUCCAUGUGACUGGCUGCCAUUCCGUUGGGAAAAACUAUGGGUUUAUAUACUGUACAACUGCUAAACACUCAUUUGGUAGGAAACCCGAGAGACCGAGUAGCAUGGACAGGGCUGCAAAAAUUGUGAUUCAGACCAUUAUGACUUUUUUAGACUUCUCUGUGGAUCUUUUUUAGGAGAAAAAAAAAAAUGCAUCCUAGGUGUGGCAAAGAUGAAAUAUGAUGCAGGAUUUAUGCAUCGGUGUAAAAGGUUGCACUUGAUAUCCAGAAACCGUAAGAUCUUUUGGAGGAGAGAGGCAAGGAGUUACGUCUUUAACAUGUGACUCCUUAUUAAGUGCUGUCCAGCCCACGUGAUUCUAUGAAUAUACCGUAUACUGCAUACAGUAUGCCAAUACGUUUCUUUAUAUAUGUGAUUAAUUAACAUCUGUAUUCUUUAUUUAUUUGACAGUUUUUAUUUUUUGUACAUUUUCACUUUUGCAGAUGUCAUUUUUAUCUAAGGAGAAGUAGUUGGCAUAUAACUUUGGAAUUUACCCGUGUGUUUGUGUGCAUCCAUUUUUCCUCUGCGCAACUCCCUCAAUACGAGUUGCUUCCCUGCGGCCAAAAUAGUUAUAUGCCUCAGUUUCUGAAUACAAUUUUUGCCUAUGACGUGUUCUGGAAGGGAAAGGGAGGGCUGAAGAAAGUAAGUUACCAUGCCCGUGGGUAAACUUCCACAUUCAGGUGUGCACUUCGUGUCUGCAGUUCGCUCUGUGUCAUAGGUGUGUAUUAACGAUUCAGUCACCGUCUACGUUGUACUGAAACGGUCAGCAAAAUGUGAGCUCAAAUGUCUACACUGCAGUCUCUUAUCACUGUAAACGUAUCUAAUUAUUUUAUCACUUUUGAUUUGUGGAACAAAGCUUUAUAGUAGAAACACCAGUAAACAACUUUUUAUACUAUUAAAAUGUUUGGUUUUUUUAAAAAAAAUGUUUCUUGAACUGUAUGGUACUGUUUCACUUACUGAAGUAUCUUACUUUAAGCAAUGGAGUUCGCAGCUUUGCUGUUAGAAAUAAGAGAUUGAAUGUGUAGUUAUAUUUCCUCUUUCCUGUUGUGUGAGCUAGUACUACGGAUAAGAUGUUUCUUCAGUUUGUAACGUUAGCCAGUGCCCUGGUUAGUACCUGAGCAGCUUUCACGAGACGCGUAUGGAACUUGUUAAAGGACAGCUUAAGGUUUGAACUGUACAGCUUGAGUGACAGAAGGUGCCAAGCAACAAGGCUUUAGGGAUGCAGGAAAUGUUCUGUUAUUUCAACAUCUGGCACGAGCAAAAGUUGUGCGUGGAUCGCAGAAGAAGCUCGUAAGCUUGCUGGUCUCUUCGAUUGAAGUGAGAGGAAGGAAAAAGAACUUGCGAAGCAGCACGCUCUUUCAGUUGAGUCCAGAAUUUAUUUUGUAAACACUAAUGUAUUAAAUUUGCUAUAAAUUAAAGGUAUAUAACAGUUAUAUUUUUGAGUUGUAAAUACAGUACUUUGUGUCACCACCAGUUGGUUAUCUCUAGAAUGAUAUUUCAGUUUAUAGUCCAACAGGCCAUUUCAGUCUCAAUAAGCUGGAAGCAAUUUUUUUUACUGGUUUGCAGCUGUACGAUUAUUUUUUUUUUUUCUUUUUUACCUGGGCCGGGGUGGGGGGGAAGGUGGGAGGUACAUUCCGAGAUUGCACAUACAUUUGGUAAUCGCAAAUAUUCAAGCAUUGGUCUUUCCGUGACAAAGGUCUGGGUGGACUGCAAGUUGGCUAGCCUCUGGAGGUGCAGGUGAAGGCUUGCCCUCCUCUGCUCUGGAAGGGUUGCUAGAUUCAGGGUACUCGGGAUCAAAGGCCAGCCCUGCACAUGAUGCCUGUUCUUAUUCACAUGUUUAUAUUGUUGCUUACAAAAUAAAAUUCACCGUGAGAACUC